AGUUUUAUCAUAAAUUAUAUUAAUGUCUAUUAUUUUUAUCAUAAAUACGUAAAUAAUAUAACACCCACAGUGACGUUAAAUAAAUUAUAAUAAUAUUUUCAAAUAAAGCACCACUGUCAAGUAUUUGAACAAAUAUUGUCGGUAUAUUAAAAUUAUAAUUAAAAAUGUAUUAUUAUUAUCAAAGAUUAAAUUAUGGAUCAAUCACACAUUUCUAAGUUGGACAUUAGCUUGGACAAUAAGAAACUACACUAUCUGGCUGGUGAUAAAGUAUCUGGCUUAUUGCGAUUGACAAUACUAGGGCCGGAAAGUGCGCCCUACCCGCACAUAGGGUUAGUAUGUGUGGCCGAAUCCAAAUGGGUUGAGAGCGCCGGCACUUACUUUCACUGCGAGGGACAGGAGUACAAAGAUCAGCGGACUUGUAUUGAUUUGGUCUACAAAAUGCCUGAGCAAUGUCUCGGUGGGUGGCAGCAUUUCCUUUCCCUGCAUUGGAGGUGGAAGGGUGACACUAUUGCGGUCCACUGUACGGUUGAGAAUCAUUCGACAUUAGACGCGACCCCUCGAGUCACUCUAUUCGAGACUCAGGUGUAUAUGUGUGGCGAACGGCAUAAGUCACUGCAGGCGGCCAUAGCCGGACCGGUAAUGGGCAACAAAGUCAGCCAGGAAACCUGUGACACGCAGUGUGUGUUCGUCACCAUUCCCACCACCGCCUCCCUGUCCAUCAGGAGUUGGAUCGUAAGCGUUAAAUACAUGAUACACGUGACCCUCGAUAUACCGUACGCUCACGACUUGCACAUAAAUCUGCCGGUUGUUGUGGUGAAUAAGGAGACGCUUCUUGAACUGGACAGGCAUAUUUUUAAUAGCAGCAAGUAAGAUUAUCUCAUAGGCAUUUAAUGCCCGAUAUUCCAUAUAUUACCAGAUAUUGCAUGUUAUACCGUAUAUGCAUAUACGGUACUCGUUAUAUCAUUAAAGUGGAGAGACCAUAAUUAAUAUUAUGGUAAAUAUAAUGUAUUUUAUUUAGAUUGUAUCGUGAUUUUAAUUAAAAAUAUUUGUUGCUUAAUUAUUUAUUUAAAUGAUUGUUUU